UCAGUUGUAUCUGUGCACAGGUAGGUCUCGUGGUUGGCAUGUAUCGAUGCUUUAUCUGAUCCCUUCGGAUUUUGAGUUAAAUUUAUAACGGUUUACCCCCAGGUAUUAUAAUGGCAGUUGGCGGUCAGAAAAAAGUUACAAAAGGAGGAAAGAAGGGCGGGAAGAAGAAAACGUCCGACCCAUUCACCAAAAAGGAGUGGUAUGACAUUAAGGCUCCAGCUAUGUUUUCCAAGAGAACUUGUGCACGAACACUUGUGACACGAACUCAAGGCACACGUAUAGCCAGUGAAGCACUCAAAGGUCGUGUAGUUACACUUAGUCUCGGAGAUCUCAGCGAGAAGAAUGAAGAAUUCUUCCGCAAAUUUAAACUUCAGGUUGAAGAUGUCCAGGGACGUCACUGCCUAACCAAUUUUCAUGGACUGGAACUUACUCGAGACAAGUUGUGUUCAGUUGUUGUCAAGUGGCGUUCAACCAUCGAAGCACAUGUUGAUGUAAAGACAACAGACGGAUACUUACUCCGUUUCUUCAUAAUCACGUUCACUCCAAGUGUUCCUCGGUCCGAAAGACUCCAUUCUUACGCACAGAGCACACGUAUUAAACGAAUACGUGCGCGUCUUGUUGACAUUAUUCAACAGGAAGUUUCUACCUGCGACUUGAAAGAGGUCGUCAAUAAGCUUAUUCCAGACUCCAUUGCACAGGAUGCUCGAAAGGCUGCAUCAUGGAUUUAUCCACUUAGUGAAACAUUUAUUCGCAAGGUUAAGGUGCUAAAAAAACCGAAAGCUGAUCUUGCCCGGUUGAUGGAACUUCAUGGCGAGUCGAAGUCAGCCGCUCCUGGGGAAACUGUUUCUCGCCCAGAUCACUAUGAACCUCCAAAAGUUGAUUCAGUGUAAUUCAAUAUAAAAUUCACCUGG